AAAAAAAUGAAUUUAAGUGGCUUAAAAAAAAGUAAAAAAAUGAAGCGUUUCCAGUUAAAAACGCUUCAUUUCACAGAAACGCUUGGAGAACAAGGUAAACAAACUCUGGUCACCCUGCGGCGAUUUGUCAAAAAAAUGGAGGAUUUUGUUGUUUGAAAGCUGAAAAAGUGAUUUGUGGGGAGCUGAUUACGUCUAGAACCACCCACGGUAUCCCAAAUGGAGCUGCCCUAAAUCGUAGGAAAUCUGUACGGAUCGAUCGAAAUGAAUGGCAGCAUAAUGAUCAAAUGUGAACCGUUUAGCGAAGAGGUAGAGCUGCUGAACAGGCUGGUGGCGAACGAUGAUCACCAGCGGCAGCAACAGGAACAGGAACAGCUGCAAGACCAGGAACUGCGUACGUUUUGCAGCUACAAGCUGAAGCUGGCGGAUGAGACCAUCGCGCUGCUGGAAUCACAAGAGAUCGAUAUUGAGUGUCUGCGGAAGAUGCGCCUGGAGGAUGUGGACGUGCUGUUCGAGGGGAGACCGUUGGGGCCAAAAAUUCUGUUUCGAGAGGCGUUACUUGAGUGGCGCGAAGAGAUCGGUCUACCCUGUAGAAGCCUCCGAUGGCUGUCGACCCACAAGCGAUCCGCAGAAUCCGAGGACAGUGCCGAUUCUCAAGCAAGCCAACCAAAGCGUGUACCUUCUUCCUCGGGCAUGACGGUGGCAGCUUCGCUCUGGGAUGAGUGUACGCAACAGCAACAAUCAAGUCUGCUAGCGCAGGAGAAGGACACAAUAUCCAACCGCAUGCCAACGGUUUCCUAUCAAUCUUUCCGCUGGCCCAUGUCACCGGUCACGCUAAAGGAUAUUCUCAAUAGUAGCACACUAGGACGGAACAUAUUGGCCGUCGGAGAGCUCGGCGUACUGAGUAAAUCGAUGCAGUGCCAACUGACGGCAAUCAUCAUCGCCUACCACAUGGAGUUUGAGACGAAGCUCAGCACACCGCAGCUGGAAAACUAUGCCUACUGCAUCUCCACCUUGUUGCCACACGAAAAUCCCUUAUCGUAUCACAUUCCACGUGGCCCGAAUCGGCGCAAUCCGGGCGGGUCGCUGUACUCGAGGUUCAUUAACCAAAAAAUUAGUCAAAAAGCCCUCGCCAUUGGCAAUUCGGUGGCAGCUUCUUAACUUGUAAGAAUUUUAAUUCACUCGGAUCUCUCGGUGCACAAAAACUCAAUUGACUAGGGUUUAAAUUCGUAGAACUAUGCUUUCGGACCGUCCGCCCGAUGCGAUCAACGCGAAACACGCUAAUCUCGAGUAGGAGAAGGAUUGUAAUAUUUAUAACGUAUGUACUUAAGCUUUUAUCAGGGUGUUUUACGGUAAUGCACUAGGGUUUGCGAGAUGCUGUUUGUGAUUUACUUUUUCAUUAUCCCUCUACUUUCUACUGUAGUUGUAAGCAAUUGAGACUGGGGGCUUAUGGAAAUCCCACCCAAACUUCUCGCUCUCUUCUACCGUCGGUAUCUUUGCCAUGGUAGCUCAUAGUUAGGUAGUAAUGAACAGUUAGCUGGCACGUUGCAGAGGAUGGGAAAGUUUAUUGUAAUAUGUGCCCUGGGGGGUAAGGCAACUGAAAAGGGCGUACGUAGAAUACUAGGACGUACUUCUGACAACAAAAUGGUAGUGUUACUAGCAAAAUCAUUAGCAUCAUCACCUCCUUCUGAAUGUUUGUGGCAAAAUUGGCAUUGGCAGUUUUUCGUGUACGUAGGAGCUCUUUAAAUGGCUCAAUAAUAUGUAAUGUAAGUAGAUUGCUUCUUCAUUUCUCGUAACUUAUUGCAUUUGCUUUCAAAAAAGACGGCCACCAGCCAUAAUUUGGUGGAAAAUACACUUUUA